AUGAAGAAAAGUGACGAAUACACCCCAAUACAUGGUUUGUUUCGGUUACUACAGGCAACCAAUAAUGGUGCUGCUGAAGGUACCGGAGUCAAGCUUUUGGUUGAACAGGGCCAUGCAUUACUAGGACCGAAACUUCCAGCAGUUAUGAUUGAUUAUACGAUGGGAAGGCAGAUUAACUUAUUUGGAGACUACCCAAAGCAAAAAGAUAUGGCUCCUUCAAUUAUAUUUGCAGUUGUUUUCUUCGUUCUUGCCCUACUUCACUUGUUGGUGUUUGUAAUGAAUACUUCAAGAAAGCAUUAUUUCUGGCUCACGCUUGGCUUCCUCCUCACAUGUAUUAUGAGAGUGGUCGGUUGGUGUUGCCGUGCUUACUGGAGCACCGAUCUUACUAUGGUACCUCCUGGUAUCGCUGAUGAGGUAUUUCUUAUCAUUCCAUCGAUUCUUCUUGUUUCGUUCAAUUUGAUAUUGGCACAAAGAAUCUUCACCUGGCGCCAUCCAGUGGGUGGUUCAAGGCCCCUUUUCUGGAACACCAUGUUUUUGUUGUAUGGUGUGGUGGUUCUCGUGAUCAUUAUGACCAUUAUCGCUUCAGCGGUGCCUUAUGUGUACCUUCUUUCAGAAGGUGCUUACACCGGCUACAAAAAGACGGUUGAAGCAUCAGCUAUCUUGAUCUUACUUUACACCUUGACGGCAGUAAGUUUGUUGGGUAUGGCAUACUUCUUCAAGCCCACAAGAAAGGACGAAAACUUGUACACUUACCAACCAUGGUGGAUCGAAUCUUUCAGCCCAUUUUACUUUGUCAAGCCUGGUGCUAAAGAAGAAGCAGAACAAAGUUUCAUGAAGCGUGGACACAACCAUCGUCAUGCUAUCAGGGUUAUUGCUGCUACCCAACAUCAUCAUAAUAUGGUAAAUGGUCUCUCGCGAGAGAGAGGAGACCUCAAACAUAAUUGGUCUUUGGUGAUUAUCACCAUCACCACGUUAUUUAUCUUUAUUGGGCAAGUGGGUAGAACGGUGGCAGUGUUUCAGGGAAGGUUCCAAAUCGAUAGUGGACCUGUCUGCGAACCUGUUGCCAUGUACAUUUGCUGGGGUCUCUUUGAAGUGAUCAUCCACUUGUUAUACAUCAUUGGCCGAGUAGAUCUCCGUUUCUACAGACCAGAUAGACUUCCAGCUCCAGUUCGGUCCAUUAUUACCGCCGAACAAUCACUCAAUCCAUCGGACGUUGAGACGGAAAGUAUGCAAUCUGCCGAGGAUGAUUACUCGGAUUCAGAGACUCAAUUCAAUGGUUCUGACGAUGGAUUUGGAUUCCACAACAACCACAUGGAAAAAGAACGUGGCGAUGAUGAAUCUGAGUUUCAUUUCUAG